GAGCGAGCGCUCUCCCCGUUCCCUCUCCCGCAGCCGCCGGCCCAGCCCAGCCCAGCGCGGCCCCGCGGGGCCCCUAUGAUGCCGGGCGCGCGGGCAGCGGAGCAGCAGCAGCAGCGCCCCAGCGUGCGGCGGCCGCUGCCGCCCCAGUGACGGCCCCGCCAUGUCGGUGAUGGUGGCGAGGAAGAAGGUGGUUCGGAAAUGGGAGAAGCUGCCGGGUAGGAACACCUUCUGCUGCGACGGCCGUAUCAUGAUGGCUCGGCAGAAGGGCAUCUUCUACCUGACACUCUUCCUCAUCCUCGGCACCUGCGCCCUCUUCUUCGCCUUCGAGUGCCGGUACCUGGCUGUGCAGCUGUCCCCGGCCAUCCCCGUGUUUGCAGCCGUUCUCUUCCUGUUCGCCAUGGCCACGCUGCUGCGGACGAGCUUCAGUGACCCCGGUGUGAUCCCCAGGGCCCUGCCCGAUGAGGCAGCCUUCAUUGAGAUGGAGAUCGAGGCCACCAAUGGGACUGUGCCGCAGGGUCAGCGCCCGCCCCCGCGCAUCAAGAACUUCCAAAUCAACAACCAGAUCGUGAAGCUCAAGUACUGCUACACGUGUAAGAUCUUCCGGCCGCCCCGCGCCUCGCACUGCAGCAUCUGUGACAACUGCGUGGAGCGCUUCGACCAUCACUGUCCCUGGGUGGGCAACUGCGUGGGGAAGAGGAACUACCGCUACUUCUACCUCUUCAUCCUCUCGCUCUCCCUCCUCACCAUCUACAUCUUCACCUUCAACAUUGUCUACGUAGCACUGAAAUCUCUGAAGAUUGGGUUUCUGAACACGUUGAAGGAAACCCCAGGGACUGUACUGGAGGUGCUCAUCUGUUUCUUCACGCUGUGGUCGGUGGUGGGGCUAACUGGGUUCCACACCUUCCUGGUGGCACUGAAUCAGACAACCAACGAAGACAUUAAGGGGUCCUGGACUGGGAAGAACCGCGUGCAGAAUCCCUACAGCCAUGGUAACAUAGUGAAGAACUGCUGCGAGGUGCUCUGUGGGCCCCUGCCCCCCAGUGUCCUGGACAGACGGGGCAUCCUGCAGCAGGAGGAGAGCACAGCUCAGGAGGGAUCGUGCCCGCGGGCACCCGGCACACAGGAGCCCCCAGCCACGCAGGGCCUUGGGCAGGCCCAGGAGGGUGCCAUGAAGCAGCAGGACGGCAGCAUUCCUCCCCCCAGUGCUGUCCCUGCGCCGUCCAUGAGUGACACCGAGAUGCCGGAGGAGAAGCAGCGAACGCCUGGGGAGCUCCCGGUGCCCUCCCUGGACGCUGGGCGAGCGGAGCACUAGCAUCUGCUUGGAAGGGAGAACUUUGUUGUUUUGUCUAAUCGAAGCUGGAAGUGGUAGAGGAGAGGAGAAGGGCUGGAUGGCAGGCACCUGA